GCUUACCAAAUAAAGUCACAUCAUCAUGGGUUAAACUCGGACAAUUUACAUCGGUCUAUUUUCUGAUUUGACCGAAAAAUCUUGUCCUCGCUUUUGCACAUAAAAAUUAGACAGGCUUAACUUUAGGAAUAAAGUUACAGUGUUACUCAAAUGUCCAAUAAAGCCUUAGCAAUCAUUAUUCUUUCCAUGCUUGUCAUAAAAGAUGGGAAUAAAACUCUGUUUUCUUCACAAGAGAGUGUACAAAAACGCAAGUCUAAAUUAGUGUUGGUCAUCCUUUUAACAAUGGUAACUGAUAUGCAAUCAAUAAGCUAUUCAUUUUGUGCAUUUGACAUUUUGUGCUGCUUAGUUGCUUUGAGAUAAGCGGUUAAUUCGUA